AACACAGGCGCAGUAACUCCUUCGUGGAGGCUGCUUCCAUUUUCACAAUGUCCAGCUCCACGCUAGAGCUUCGGGGAAAGGGACCGAGGAAGUGACUGGUUCGCCAACUGAAAAUCCCUGGGACAGACAAGACUGGGAGCCUUGGUGAAAGGGAGGAGACCCUGUGUCCCCGGUUUUGCCAAAUCAGCCUGGCCCAUCCUCUGACAGCUAAAUCAACACUCUUUAUCCUGUGGCGGCUGAUAACGCAUCCACCACUUCCUGCCAAGGAGGAAAUCCUGAUGGGACAUUAUCAGGGGCGAGACAUCAUCCGUCAGCCGCCGUCACAGGAACCCAGGGCUCAUCCAGACCCCACGCCAAUCUUUCCGCCUUUAUCUGCGCUCCCCAAAUGCCUCAGCCUGUUUGCUGAUAGAGGAAUCCGGCAUCUCCUUUUCUCAAGGACCCGAAAAAGAUUCUUCGAUAGCAAGAAACUAAGUUUUACAGUUACGACUUCAACAGAGAAGGACCCAGGAACAGCUGGCUAAUGAAGGCAUCAUACCACACUAAUCCAAGCCUCAGCAGCCACAUACUUACUGCCAAGCCUUGCCCUGAGAAGCCCACCUGCAUUCCAUGAGCAAAGACGACGUCUGGAGAGUGACAAGCAGGCUGCAGACACCCUGAAGCACAAGGUCAGAAACAGGUCCGACCGUGGGAACGUGGUUAAAAUGCACAUACUCCAAGCCUCCAGUGCAGAGAGGCCCGUCCCCGCCGCGCAGAUGAAGCUGAAAAGGGCCCGACUCGCCGAUGACCUCAAUGAAAAAAUCGCCCUCCGGCCGGGGCCCCUGGAGCUGGUGGAGAAGAACAUCCUGCCCGUGGACUGUGCCGUGAAAGAGGCCAUAAAAGGGAACCAAGUGAGUCUCUCCAAAUCAGCGGAUGCCUUUGCCUUUGAAGAGGACAGCAGCAGCGACGGGCUUUCUCCAGAUCAGACACGAAGUGAAGACCUCCCAGGCUCGGCCGGGUCCCCCCUGGACACAAAAGCGGCAGAGACCCCUUUGACGGGUCCCCGGGGGACAGUCCAGGAUCUCACUUUGGGCUCGGAGAAUGAGAGAAAUGACUCGGCCCCACAGUCCGGCAACCAGUCAGACCUGGGGAAGCAGGGGCUCGGCCCCCUGGGGAGCCCUCUCCCCGUGCACGCGGCUGUAAAGUCCAAGUCCUUGAGCGACGGUAAGAACCGCCACAAAAAGCCCAAAGACCCCAAGCCGAAGGUGAAGAAGCUCAAGUACCACCAGUAUAUCCCUCCGGACCAGAAGGCGGAGAAGUCGCCUCCCCCCAUGGACUCUGCUUACGCUCGGCUGCUCCAGCAGCAGCAGCUGUUCCUGCAGCUCCAGAUCCUCAGCCAGCAGCAACAGCACCGGUUCAGCUACCCCGGGAUCCACCAAGCUCAGCUCAAGGAACCAAAUGAACAGAUGGCCAGAAAUCCAAACUCUUCUUCAGCACCGCUGAGCAGUACCCCUUUGUCUCCUGCCAAAAACAGUUUUUCUGGACAAACUGGUGUCUCUUCUCUCAAACCAGGCCCUCUCCCAUCCAACCUAGAUGAUCUGAAGGUCUCCGAGUUAAGACAACAGCUUCGAAUACGAGGUUUGCCGGUGUCCGGCACCAAGACGGCCCUCAUGGACCGGCUGCGGCCCUUCCAGGACUGUUCCGGGAACCCCGUGCCCAACUUCGGCGACAUAACGACUGUCACUUUUCCAGUGACGCCCAGCAACGCGCUGCCCAGUUACCAGUCCUCCCCAUCCACCAGCGCCUUCUACCACUUCGGCAGCACCAGCUCCAGCCCGCCGAUCUCGCCCGCCUCCUCCGACCUGUCGGUGGCGGGGUCCCUGCCCGACACCUUCAACGACGCCUCCCCGUCCUUCGGCCUGCAUCCGUCCCCGGUGCACGCGUGCGCCGAGGAGAGCCUCAUGAGCAGCCUGAACGGGGGCUCCCUGCCUCCGGAGCUGGACGGGCUGGACUCCGAGAAGGACAAGAUGCUGGUGGAGAAGCAGAAGGUGAUCAACGAGCUCACCUGGAAGCUCCAGCAGGAGCAGCGGCAGGUGGAGGAGCUGAGGAUGCAGCUGCAGAAGCAGAAGAGAGGCACCUGUCCUGAGAAGAAGCCGCUGCCCUUCCUGGCGGCCCCCAUCAAGCAGGAAGACGCCGGCUCCAGCUGUCCCUUUGCACCCCUGCCAAGAGCUGUGAAAAGGCAGAGCAACAGCUCAGAGGAGCAGCCGGCGGCCGGCGAUGCUGCUCGGCUCCGGCCACUUGGGAGCACCCACUGCGCGGAGUCCUCAGGUCAAACCAACGUACUUUCCUCCACGUUUCUCAGCCCGCAGUGCUCCCCGCAGCAUUCGCCCUUCGGGGCGGUGAAAAGCCCGCAGCACAUCAGUUUGCCCCCAUCGCCGAACAACCCUUACUUCCUGCCGGCAUCUUCAGGAGCCCCGGGAGAAGAGCACAGGGUCUCCUCACCUGUCAGCAGCCAGGUGUGCACUGCACAGACCUCAGGGGCACACGAGGGCCAUUCUCCAAGCUUCUCCAGCCAGCCCUCCAGCCUCCACCCCCCCUUCUCUGGAGCCCAGGCAGACAACAGUCAAGGUGCUGGGAGCAACCCUUGUCCUAAAAGCCCAGGUGUGCAGCAAAAGAUGGUUGGCUUACACUCUUCAGACAAAGCAGGGCCAAAGUUUUCAAAUCCAUCCCCGACUUUUUCUAAGUCAGCCUCAGCAGUUUCGGAGAUCACACAGCCUCCAUCCUAUGAAGACGCGGUGAAGCAGCAAAUGACUCGGAGUCAGCAGAUGGACGAACUCCUGGACGUCCUCAUUGAAAGCGGAGAAAUGCCAGCUGAUGCCAGAGAGGACCAUUCAUGCCUUCAAAAAGUCCCAAAGAUACCCGGGUCUUCCCGAAGCCCGACCGCAGCUGCCCUCCCCAAGCCCUCGGCGACCUUCGAACAAGCAUCCUCCGGAGGCCAGCUGGCCUUCGAUCACUACGGCAACGACAGCGACGAGCACCUGGAGGUCCUAUUAAACUCCCAGAGCCCCCUGGGGAAGGUGAGCGAGGUCGCCCUUCUGAAAAUUGGGAGCGAGGAGCCUGCGUUCGACGGGAUGGCAGACGGCUUCUCGGGGAAGGCUGCCGAAGAGCUUUUCAAUGCGCACGAGAUCCUGCCCGGCCCCCUCUCCCCGAUGCACACUCAGUUUUCACCCUCUUCCGUGGACAGCAGCGGGCUGCCCCUGGGCUUCACCGAAUCUCCGUGGGAAAGCAUGGAGUGGCUGGACCUCACGCCGCCCAGCUCCACCCCGGGCUUCAGCUCCCUCUCCACCGGCGGCCCCAGCAUCUUCAACAUCGAUUUCCUGGAUGUCACAGAUCUCAACUUGAAUUCCCCCAUGGACCUGCACUUGCAGCAGUGGUAGAUGCCCGAUGCGGGCGGGCGUGCUAAGGAAGACCACUAGGAGCCCGUGGGGCGCAGCACAGGACCACUUUAUCUGAGGGGGGGGUGGGAGGAGUGGGAGAGAAUGAAAAAGGAGCAACGGAGACUUCUCUGACCACCAAUGAGAACUAAUGAGAGUCUUUUUAUAUAAAUAUGUAUAAUGUAAUAUUUACCAGCACUCAGUAACUGUUAACGAUUUCAGCAAUGCCUUCAAAAAUGUGCUCUUUCAGUUCCAGAAUGCCAAAAAAAAAAAAAAAACAAAAAAACAAAAAAAACCAAAACCCAUCCACAUCCUUUCACUGCCUUUUCCAACACCAGCAUUUUUCCUAGCCUGUACUUCUCUCAGGCCUUGUUGGGCAUCGUCUCACUUCGUAGGCUUUUCUCAUGCGUUGGUUACAGACACGGUGGAAAGGAAACAUAGAACCCUUUGGGAGCGCCGGGAAGCCAGUCCAUCUAAGGUUACGGAAGACACACCAGGGAUGGGGGCUUCCGUCUCUGCGUUCCCUGUCUUUCAAAGUGGAGGUCAUGUCCAGCCUCAGUGAGGUUCUUACGGCAGCAGGGACAGAACCAGUCCCUUCCCAGGGAAGGGACGCGAACUUGGCAUCUUCAGCCAUCAAGCCGCCCCCCCCCCCGGAGUGGCCCCCACCCUGUACUCAGGACUCUGCGUGGUCACUGAUAACAAGCCACCUACGUUUGGUCCAAGGAACCCCCCAGACUCGCCGUCUUUCUCAGCCAGUAGCUGAAUCACUCCCAUAGUCUCGGGGGUGAGAAGCAUCGUGAAACAGGCAAGGACCCCGGAGCAAGAAGAAGGGAAACCCUCCUGCCACGGAAGCUUCUCCAGCACAACGCUCUUUAGUGUCAAAGACUAGAGUGGACCACAGAAGCAGAGGUGAAGCAUCUCUCCAGCCUUGGGAAACUGCGUCAGGGGUAACCAGACAGGACUAGAGAACACCAGGAGUAGACACCAUGCGUUACUGUGGCAGGACGAUGUUUAUAGAGGUCAGGCUGCUGCUUCUGUGUUCCUCUUGCAGGGCAGGUGGUCCAUCUCCGUUUAGCCUUCUCUAGCUCUACGUCUCUUUCAAGAUCCCUGUCCUUUCCUGCUCCUCUUUUGGAGAUCUUUCUGCCCCAACUUUAGAAAAAGAUCUCUCAGAUCUAACCAGCUGUCAUAGUCUUAAGAAAGCCACAAGGUAAGGAGCUAAAAACCCAGGUGCUCCCGGAGAACGCAUCCUCCCCAGGCACAAUUUGGUGCAAAAGGAAGUUGAAAGACUGUCCUAGGGAAGGAACUGAUGACUCCUCCCAUCAGUCACAAGGCGCUUUCUAAACUCACGUGAUUUAGAGCAAUCACCGGCUUGGGGAGCUCCGGGGAAAUUGGCCAUCAUUCCACGGUACAGAUAAAUACGAACGGUAGUUACAAGGAGAGAGUGUUCUAGGCCUGGGUUUCUGAAAGAAAACACAAGCGCACGUUGAAAAGGAUGGAAAGAGAGAAGAUGGUGUGGCCGGCUGUGCAUUCCUUAUCACUUCUGGUGCUUUUGCUGGGAGUUGAAACAUUGCAGGACGGUCUCCAGCUCACAGUUUUAGAGUGUUGCAUGCUGUAGAAAGUAGCUAUGGCUGUUUUUUUUGUUUGUUUUGUUUUGUUUUGUUUUUAAUUUAAAUCACUAAGGCACUGUUUUCCUCUUUUGUAAAGAAAGAAUUGUUCACUGUGCACUUAUGGAGAGACUAACCCCAAAUGUGGUGAUUUUAGAAGUCCUCUUUUUGCAAAAAACCAAAGAUUUAGAAGUCAUUCCAUUGUUAACUUGUAAACGUGUGAACACAGAGUGUUUUUGGUGACUGCUACUCUGAAAGCUGCCAGAUCUUAUUGGGGGGGGGAGGGGUGGGGGGGAAUAGAGAGAGAGAGAUCGCAUACGUAUAUGCAUAUGUGUCUGGAUAUAUACAUGUGUAGAUGUAUGUAUGUAGGCAUGUGUGUAUACGUGUAUACAUAUAUAUACGUACAUCUGUACUUAUACGUAUACACAUGUGUGUGCGUGUAUCUUAAAGGCAACCUUACAGAGGUCUAUACCAAAAGCCUUUAAGCCUCGGUCUGCUGUGAACUGAUCUUGGCUUCCCUCGCCCCAAGUUCCUGACGCAUCACUCAGACUACGUGCUGCCUCUCUGCACAUGCCUCCUGGCUCCAACUUGAGGACUCAGAGCCUCCUGCUGCCCAGGAACAAGGCUCAUCCCGGCAGCGACCGUGAUGCGAAGAGACAGAGCAGCGUCGCCCUUCGCGCCCUUCGUCAUGCGGUCCCCCUGCGGGAGAGCCCAAGAGGAACCUGGCAGUUGGUCUACAUUCCUUCUUCGGCGUCGUGCUUUCCAAGAUGCCCACGGCGCACCUUCCACUUUGCUUUUCACGCCCGUCAUCAGAGCCACGAAUCCAGAGGGGACGUUGCCCGUCUCUUCUUUGGCGAUGAGGCUCUGGGGAAGGAGACCUUCGUGACACAUUCCUCAUACUUGUGUGUAUUCCUCAGAGGUUUUACCAGUUUUACGGGGAUCUCGACAAAGCUUGCUCAUGUGCCACGUUGUGUGAAUUUUUUUUUUAAUGUUAUUUUUGUCGCCCUUCCUUCCUUUGGAAAACAAUCUCACAGCAAUCUCUGACUCUGGUCUGAGUGUCAAUUAUUUUUUUUCCUGCGGGUAUUUCUGUCUCAAGGGGUAGACGUGGUUAGGAAGCCUCUGUCCUUUGUAAGCCUGCAUUUUCAGUGGGCUAUUUUUAGGAGCCUAUCUGACAGCGACACAUCCGCCUCACAGUUACAAACCAACACACUUCGGCUACAGCAGAGACGCCUGGAUUCCCGGUGUCAAGCCCCUCCCACAGUCGCCACCCACCAGAUUCACUUUAUCUUGUCACGGAUCAGAUGGGAAAUUUGUCAGAUGACACUGAGGAUAAUUGCAAGGAAGUUGAAGUUGGCUGUCCCCAGAUCAUCCGUCUUUGCUCUGGGGGAUUUUUUUAAAGCUCUUUGCACCUCGUAGCAGUGUCCUCUUUUCGGCUGACCAUUUGGGCGCGAGUCAAAAGACGUACAGAGACUUAGGAAGACGGCCACGGUUGAGGUGCUGCAGGCUCUUAGCGCCUGAACCUAACCACCCAUCAGACGCCUGGGCCACCCCCGUGAUAAAGCGGACCUGCAGGGCGUUUGCAGCCGUUCCCGGCGCUGGCGCCGUCCUGUACGUUCACAGUGAAACCACAGAGUCAGAAAAUUCCUUUGUGCAAGUGUUUGCAUUAAGCCAGCACUCCCUAGAAGCCCCGCUCCUAACCGUGUUAGUGAGAUGGCACGUGGUCUGCUCUAAAGGCAAGAGGGAGGGAGAGAAGGAACAGAGACAGGAAAGGAGGGGAGGAGAUCUGAACGUCUCAGUUCAGCUAAGACAUUGCGUCAUGAAAAGCACAUUGCAGACGGUUAGACGAGAAGCCGUUCGUUCCAAUGAGACGAUUGCACCCAUAAACGAGGGUCUUCACCUGCAGAGUCACGGGUCUGUGAACUGGUGGCCUUGCCAUUCAGAAACACUUCUUUCCAAUUGGAAAAAAAAAAAAAAAAAAAAAAGAGUCAAAACCCUACCCCAAGCAUCCCAGACAGUCUUUUUCAAAAACCAUUGAAACUCUCAUCAGCAUUUCUAGAAACCAGUGCUGGCUUGGCUAAAAACUCCUGCAGCAGAUUUACUCAUCCAGGGGCUAAUUAUCCCAUGUCUCACCCGUGCACACCACACAGACCCCCCGCCCCCCAUGUCCAGGACUGCAGUGACUCUACACGGACGGUUCAGAUGUCGAGGGACUGGGGAAUUGGGGUUCCUAUAGGCGAGACCCCUGGGAAUGUCCCAGGCUUCCAGCCAGAAACCCUUUGGCCAUGACGACAAAGGGGUCUCUGUUUUCCCCAAGGGAGGACCCCUUUUUAGCUUAAAGCUAUGCCCAUGCUGACAUUUUUUUUCUUCUGUGAUCCAACAGUAGCAACGUUUGACUUCGAGACCUUUCCAUACCUCCACCACAAUCAGCGAGAGCUUUGGGGUUUGUUUUCACUGCCAGCUAUUGGAAACCUCUUGAAAAUCAGGGGAAACUUUUUAACCCCACCCCCUGGUCGUGACCUUCAGAACAAAUUCUGGACAAAAGGGACACUUCAGGGGAAGGAGGGGUGUCCCUGGGAGCCUCCACCUUUUAGGAGAAAAGCAGGGUUCUGAGCUUGCCCCCCGCCCCAUUGGCCUUCCAUCCUCACACAAAGGCACACAGUUUGCUAUCAGCUAUGAGAACUCGGAGUAAAAGAGUCUAGAGUCUUUGUUUUCCUAUAAAUCCAGUAGAAACCAGCAGGGGGGUUCAGAUGCUUUAUUGGGUGGUAUUAACAGACACACAGAGUCCAAGUCCUGGAACAAGACAUUGUUAUGGCCUGAGAGCUGCUCAGGAUAUUAGGGAGCUGGGUUUAAUUCUGGAACCCACAUUUCAGAGGCACCCUGGCUAGGGUGAGACUAUGCAUUAGGAGAUGAUUUUAAAACUAGAACUGUGAAAAUUUUCUGUCGUCUUCCAGGGAAAUUGUAACAGGACUCGUUGCAUUUAAUAACAUAGGAGUAAGUUUCCUUCCAGAUGUCAGAGUCGGUGGCUGCUAGAAGUCUACCGACGAAGACAAACUCCUGAUUGUCCCAUGUGCUAAUUUUAAUUGCCUUCAGCCUUGGGCUCACUGGUCAUGUGAGUUUCCUGUACAGGGUUUAACAGCCCCUGAGGGUUUAUGGGAAAAUGAGGAUCCUGGAGGCUGUUCCAAUGUUUUCCAAAGGAAGGGCAUCCACGCUGCUCCCUGCAUUCAUCUCCUAUGCACCUGCAGCGAGGGGAGAGGGCAGGGCGUGGCUGGGGGCUAGCAAUCCUCCCCAAAGAGGCACUUAGCAAAGAAAGCAAAAGAGCCAGUACCCGUUCCCGCAGGGACCCUGCGUGGCGGUGGAUUUCAUGCCAGCCUCUUUUGCUCAACUGUUCACAACUAGAGAGAAAUGUGGGUGACCAGGAAAAAAAGCAAUGGCUAAAUCCCAAAGUUGGCAUGUGUUCUUUUUGAAAAUACAUAUAUAUUUUUAAAUAAAAUGUUUAUUUUAGAA